GAGAACCAAAUAGGCUGGCGUCGACCUCACGAAUCCGGAUUAAACUAAAAAUUUUAGUUUCGAUGGGGUUUGCAGCGUGUUACUCCGCGCGGCAAUUGCAUUAGUCAAAGAAUCAUUACUAGAGCAGGUCGAUUAGAGGUCUUCUCGUUUACGUUACAACACAGAAUUGCUACAAGCGUCAGCGGUGUGCUGAUUGCAGCACAUUGGAAACAACCUUGCUGUUUUUGAUUAAUAUAUUUGUAAGUGUAAGAAGAGUUAAAUAGAGUACCAGUGGAACCGAGCAGUAACAAUUUCGAUUCGAAACAGACUCGAGUGCAUGUUUCAACCACAUGUCCAUACAAAGACUUAUAAAGCCGAGCAAUUUGUUGUGAUUCAUGCAAUUUGCUUGACUGUACUUAUAGAUGCACUGUGUUUGUAUACGCCAAGAAUAACUUACCACACCGCACAUGCAGACAUUCUUAAAAUCUAUUUGCGUCCAUCUUUAUAAUUCGCCUUUCAGGAAAUUUCCGCGUGAAUGCGAUUGUAUAAAUGUUUCAGUAUCGUCUGCACAGCUCAGUUCACUCGACAGAAAGUUGGCCCGUGUAUACGACAGCAUUGAUUAUUUGUUAUGGCUGCAAAAUUGUUUGCCUUGCUUUCUGUCUUUCUCGUUGCGGCUUCUUGCUUCUACAAUGCAGACGGCUGGAUGCGACGCAGUACCUCUUCUCCUAUCACAAUAACCUAUUGUGUUUGGAGGUAUGAAUAUGUCUGCUAUUUAUAUCCGUCCUUCAUCUGCGUUUAUGAAUACCGCUGCGUUACAAUGACGAUAAUACUUCAAAAGCGGAGCGUGACAGAUGAUGGCAUCAUUGAAUGUGUACCAACGAAAUUGAGUGAAAUGGACUGUGACGAAGACGGCCGAGUCAGCCAUCGCGAGUUUGUUGUAGCAUUGACACUCGAUGAAAGUAACGAUACAUCUAGAAGAGCUUUUGAAGAUGGAGAUAAGAACGGAGAUAAAUAUCUGAACGCAGUAGAACUGAGAAAUAUGGCUGCAAAAAAUCGCUACUGCCUACAAAAGCAAAGACGCCAGCGACAAGUGCUCGAUAGUCAACUGCCAGGAAAUUUUGAGCUUUACGAUACAAACAACAAUGGAGAGAUCGACGGGAUAGAGUUCAGCGAUCAAGUGAACAAUGUGCACAAUGGAACAAUGACUGUAAAUAGUUUUGGCAUGAUAAUGAAGAAAAUAGCUGGAUGUGAUGGCGUAAUCUCUAAAGCGGAUUUUGACAUGGCUGUGGCCGUGACUAUGCCGUGGCUGUUCAAACCAGGUGACGGAGCCGAAGGAGCCGAGCAAAGAAGGCUGCUGCAAAAGCAAAUAGAGGAAGAAGAUGAGAUACAGAAAGACGGCGAUCCAGCUAUCGGCUACGUCGGCCAGUCAAAAGAAUACCAAGAUGUCAACGAUAAUAACGAGGAAGGAGACAAAAACGAUGCAAAAGCAGAGAGAGAAGACGAUGUGCGCAGGGGGUAGGGAUCGGCAGUGACAGCUGAUUCUGUGCAGACUCGACUGAAACGGGACUAGAAUAGCUCGUUGUAACAGUGCUAGUUGUUGUAGUGUGGUGUUGUUGUUGCUGUUGGCUGCUGCUAAUAGUUUGUACGUCUGCAUGCAUGGGUCCUUCUUGUUUAGACCCAUGAAUUUAACACAGCAAACUAAAGAACUCCGAG